AUGAUGUACGGUGCCUCUAUCCGUGGCCAUGCCGGCACCAUCGGCGACGGCCUUUAUAUCCUGCAACGGCGCGGCGCCGCCACGCUCGGUCUGGGUUGGCUCAUUGCCAUAAUCCUCUGCGGCGGCGUCUCGCUCUUUAUCGGCGUGGGCUUUCUGCUGGCCUGGCGAGCCCAGAAGCGGCACUCGCCGCUGACAAUAACCCAGACGACAGCCUCGCUGCCCUACGCGGCGUCGGGCUUUGUGUCACUAUUGCGGCAAGGGCAAUCAACGACGCGGCUGACGAAGCGGAGAAUGACGGUGGUACGGGAGCGUAGCAGCGCGAGCGAGUUUAGUGACGACGACCGGACGACGCUGAGCCGGCUCUCGAUGAUACGCCUACCCUCGCUUCCCGUGCUGCCGCUGCUGCCCUCGUAUAGUAGCCUGCGGCUCUUUCACCACCCAAGUGUCACGAGAGCGUCCUACCGCCGCGAAAAGGGCUGGCUGGACGACGAGGAGGCUGCGGUUGCCGGAAUGGCGGCGGUCGGAAGUGAUCCGGUGGUGGCGGGAUCGAGUCGCAGACCAGGAAGUGGGAGCGGCUGGGCAGGACAGCAAAACCAGCCGUUGGGACACAAAGUGAUGAUGCAAGGCAUAAACGCAACGGUGCAGGAAAGGGAACAGAAGCAGCAGCCGGCACCGCUGCCGCACCAACAGGAUAUGAGACAGGAGCGGCCAACCAGCAUCGACUACGACCACCUGUACGACCCCCGCGAACACUCCCGACAUACAAGCGAAGAAGAUCCGCCCAUGCCCACGAAACCGAGCGCCGUGUACACGGGAGAUGUAGGUAGCGCCCCUCCGGCGUCGCAAGGCUUUGUCCGGCCCGCCGCUGCCGUACUCGCGCGGCACCCGACCCGCACCGACUCGGAGCUUCGCGACAUUCUACGCUCCACGGAGCAGCGCCUACGCGAGGGUGACCGCAGCCGCAGCCGGUCCCCCGAAAAGGCGGCGCUGCGCACACCGCAUAGUUCACCGACCAAAUCGUCGCGGCGCUCGCCGCAGCAUUACCGCCUCCUGGGUAGUGCGAGCGGUGGCGGGUUGGCCACGCGCGAGGGCUCGGCGGCGUCGGUGGGUAGCGCGACGAAUAGUCUGAUUGUGCACGCCACCGAGGAGCUACAGCUCCCGGGGGGGAUGGGAAGUCCGAGCCGUCUGCGCGGGCACGAGUGGCUGGCGGGGGAUGAUGUGAUUUUGGGCAUGACGACGCCGCAGCAGCGGCACGAGGACGAGGAGGAGUAUGUGGCCCGCCGCGACAGUGCGCAGAUGUUGUACCAGCAGCAAAUGCAGGAGUAUCAGGAGAAGAUGCAGGAGUACCGACUCAAAGAGAAGCAGUAUCAGUUACAACAGCGGCAGAUGCUUCAGCAACAGCAGCAGCAGCAGCAGCAGCAGCAGCAACAGCGUAGCCCGCAGAGAAGCCCGCAGAGGGAGCGCUCCCAGAGACGACGGUCCGUUGAUAGUGAUGCCUCAUCCAGCCUCUCCACACUGUACAGCGUCGACGAUGACGAAAUGGACGAUGUUUCUGUCCAAGCCGUCGUCGGGGGUCCUAAUGAUCCAUUUGUCGACGGCAGCCGCAUGCCCGUGCUCGCGCCUCUACGGCGCACCAUGACCAUCAGCUCCGAGACGCUCGCCCGCGACGCCAUGCCAUCGUCUGUCCGCUGCAACCCGCCGCCACGGGAGCAGUCGCGCGCGCCGCACCAGGGCGGCUACUACCACCGGAUGCACAAGUCGCUCGACGUGCACCCCCUGCCGCCGCCUACCGCUGAGCGUGGUAUUCGCCGGCCGCAGUCGGCGCUGCUGGCCUCCCCGCAGAUAUCGGAAUCAAGCUACACGGACAUGUCGGUCGACACGACGACGCUGAGCCUUUCGAGCGAGGAAACCAUUACGGCCGAGGAUGACGGCGUGGAGCAGGAGUAUGAGAUGACACCGGUCAAGGAGGACGAUGGCCGCAGGCGUGGGUCGGAUGUCUCGUCAUCGCCGUUUAGUGAGCAGGAUGUGGUGAAUCUGAUUAUUGCGGCACAGCAGGCAUCACCGACCAAGCAGACGACGACGAGACGUGCGCUGCCGACGCCACCGGUAUUGCUCCAGCCAGAUGGCUCGACAGCGCUGUCGCCGCCGCCAAGGAGCGUCGCCCGCAACAAGUCGCUGCGAAGCACGGCGCUCGCUCGUCAACCAUCCGUCACGUCGUCGUACUACAGCAACGACGGCACCGCUAAUGCGCCACCGCCGGACACCAAGGCGGCUGCCGCAGCGAACCCCGUCGGGCUGUCCGUGUGCCACUCGGUCGCGGAACUGCGCCGCAUGAACUCGCUCAUCAGCGUCACCAGCAACACCUCGCUCACCUCGUCCGUCACUCCCGCGGCUGGCGAGCCUCACCGCGAUAACCAACCCCUACGGGCCACGCUCUCGGACGGCCGCCGCCGCAUGGGCAACCGUCAGUACCUCAACGUCGGCGGCAGCCGCGACAAGCUGGACAUUGGCAGUCGCAGGAACGUACCCCGACCGGGCGGUCCGCGCCCAAAGAAGAGCACGACCGGCGGUGGACACGCGCGGUCCAACACGACCGCGGCCCUCUCCACGACGCCGGAGCGACCAGCCAAGAACCCGCGCCGCAGUCUGGUGAAUACGGGCUCGCAGCAGCAGCGCGUAUCGCCGGAAAAGGAACAGGAUAACGGAAAGGAGAAUGCUGGCCUGGGCAUCUCGCACCACGGCUCGCCUGUGCACACGCCGCCGGUCAAGAGCCUGCGCAACCCGGUCCUGGCCGAGUUGGCGGCCGCCGAGCGCCGGAGCAGGGAGAAGCGCAGCAGCGUAGACAGCCUGGGCUUGUAUGACAAGGACGGCUUUUUGCUGCCGUCGCCGGAGCGCGAGCUGCACAAGAAGCUUCUGCGCAUGUAG